AUGUCUACCCCUGUUAAUAAUAAUUAUACCUCGAGUAGUACCUCUGCCUCUAAUAGCGCUGAAUCCUUUGAUUUAAGAAUGAAAUCAAUGGAGGAUCAAAUCAACAACCUUUCUUUAGCCUUUACAAGAUUCAUGAAAGAACCUAUGUUCUCAUCUAAUACCAAUUCACAUAACCAACCUUCUCAUGAUAACUCUGACACCGAGAAUGAACAAAGUGAUGAUGAAUCAAGUAACAAUGUCGAUGUUCCAACCGAUUAUCAAUUAUCCGAUACUUUACUUGGUCAGUACAAACAUAUGGUAAACAAUCAAGGUUUACUCGUCGAAGAAGAAUGUAUCCUCAAGAAAGAUGAGAUAUCCGAAUUGAAUAAAGUAUUCAACUUUCCAUCUAACUUCCAAGUGAACGUCGC